AUGAGGGGCUUGCUGACGAUAUCAAGCGACAGCAGCGCAGUUGAUGCUGUCCGGCUUCUCAUUAUUAUCGCUGUCCUACAAAAACAACAACAACACCACCAAGGAGUGGAUACACACGUACCCCCCGAGUCAACGAUUGGGAACGUGGCCCCAGGUAGGAGCGGCACGGAAGCUGAGCAGGUGCGAUCCGGACGCGACGUGGUGGACGCGGCCACGGAGCCGAUGGCAACCGGAUCCCCGCCAGCAACUGACAUCUCCGACACGCCGCCGACGCCAACGACGACGACGACGACUGGUGACGGCAACAAUAGCGCCAACACCACCACUUCCACCACCACGACGAGUGCAACAUCAGGGACAUCGUCUCCCACCAACACCACCACCACCACCACCAGCACGGCAACCAACACCGACGCCGUGGUGACGACGACGACAACAGCAACAACAACAACCAACGACGACGGAAGCCAGGUGAAGAACAACAACAACACCACCAUCAACAACAACAACAACUACCACAAUGGCUCCCCGAAGGCCGGAACCAACGACGACCAGCAGCACCGAGACACGCAAACGCCAUCCGACAAGGUCAAUGUUACAUCCAUCCAUCCAUCCAUCAGCUCUUGCAUAUCUGUCUCCCUGUCCCCAAUCCCUAUAGCUGCGAUGACUUGUUUUUCCCGAAAGAAAGGAGAGGAGGAGGAGGAGGAGGAAAAGGCUAUUGACACCGUGCGAAAAAAUGUUUGGCAGUCAGUCCCUGCUGUGCCCUUUUCACCCCCUUGCUUCCUGCCGCGGGGGCUGCCGCCGCCGGCGUUUUUCUUCCAGUCUACGACGACGACGACAACGACGACAGAUGGCCUUGGAAAGUUAUAA